AUGGGCCUGGGACUCCUGAGCGUCGUGCUGUUGUUCACGGGCAGCCCUCUCUUAUACUCAGAAUAUGACUCACUCUCGGAGAAGAGUAGGCUCGGCCCCUCGCGGCCACAGGCCGGUGGUCCGGUGGGGGCUGAGGCUGCGCGCGGAAAGGCCCGGAGGCAGGAGAAGGGUACGGCCCGGAGUUUAGAUUGUGGAACAGCACCGCUGAUGGAUGUGUUGAAAGGAUCUCGUAUUAUAGGGGGCACAGAAGCUCAAGUUGGUGCAUGGCCAUGGAUAGUGAGCCUGCAAAUUCAGUCUGGCAGUAUUCUUGCUCAUAUAUGUGGGGGAAGCUUAGUGAAAGAGAGGUGGGUCAUCACAGCUGCCCACUGCAUUAAAGACUCUAGGCUCAGAUCUGCAUCAUGUGGCCCUGUACAUCUUAGUGGCCCAACCACUCCAGCACAGAUUCUGUUUAAAGGCUCUCAGAUAGGUAAUGGUACAGAUACCUUACGGGAAGCAGAAGUGCAUUAUAUUUCUCGAAGCAUUUGUAAUUCUGAGAAGAGUUACGGGGGAAUAAUUCCUAACACUUCAUUUUGUGCAGGUGAUGAAGAUGGAGUUUUUGAUACUUGCAGGGGUGAUAGUGGUGGACCGUUAAUGUGCUACUUACCAGAACAUAAACGAUUUUUUGUAAUGGGAAUUACCAGUUACGGACAUGGCUGUGGUCGAAAAAAUUUUCCUGGUGUCUAUAGUGGGCCAUCCUUCCACAAAAAGUGGCUGACACAGCACCUCUACCAGAGACAUGCUAAAAGCAUAUCUAAUAUAAAUAUUCCACUUGGACAGGCCCUUAUAGCCUUAGGUUCUGUUGUCUUACUAGCAACUACAUAAAGAAAUUCUGAAGACUUCAGUAACUUUAUUUUGUACCCUUUCCACCGUGUUCUACAUAAUGAAAAUAAUUUAUUCUUUUAACAAUUAAUUGCCCACUUCAGAGUUCUCAUGUGGGCAUUUUUUUAGAAUAAAAGAAUUGUGAUAUACUAGAUAUGUGAUUGUAAAUUUG